AUGGGAACUGGCCCAGUGUGUUCUUGGUCUGACGCUAAGACUCUCAAAAUUGCUUUGGGUACCCAAUUUAGCCUCAGGGAUUCUACAAUUAAUCUAGACGGCACUUGGAUCCUUAAAGACACUCAAGAUCCAUGCACCAUUAAUUACCAGCCGCUAAGCGUAUCGAUUAAAAUGCCAACAAGUCCUAGUCCAGUCGCCGUGAUAACAGGACCUCAGACUAUUUCACUUGGAUGCAAUAAUGACGCAAUUGUUUACUCUGCUGAUAAGUCAACUGGCAAUUAUGGAGCUUCUUUGACAUACAAAUGGAGCUCCACAUCGGUAGAUUUGAUUUUACAGGCAACAGGAUUCUCUAUUUCAAUUCCUAAAUCCCCUCGCUUCAGAAAACAUCGGGAAAAUCCUAUUUUUGGGUAAAAAACUACGCUUCGUGAGUAUAAAAAAUUCAAUUCAUAUAUAAAAAUUUUAUAAAAAUAUAUUUUUGAUAUCUCAGUAAUAAUCUCUAACAAUUUCUAUUGAAUUUUAAAAAACCUGCAUUUUUAAACAUAAAUUUUGCAAUUAAUAAGUUAAUUUUUACUUUCAAAUUUUCACGAAUCGAAAAAAAUUCUACUAUUAUAUUUUUAACAAAAUUAUAAUGGGGAGUAAAUCAAGCAUAUCAUCCUCUUUAACAUCCUUAACUGUGACAGUUCAAAUAACAAAUACCUUUGCGCUCACUAGUUCUGCAUCAAUGACAACAACAAUUUCUCCUCAAGAAACUUUAACUGUUUCAUUUGACUCUGGAAGCACUAUUUCUAUGAAAGCUUCAGAAUCAAAGACCGUAAAAGCAUUGGUUGCUGCCAUUUGUGGAAGCUCUGCAACGUCAAUAUCUUGGCAAUGGGCUUAUACAUCAGGCCCAUCCAGCACUGCAGCCACUAAUCUAGCUUCUUCGGCAACUACACAAAAACUGUCUAUUUCAAGCAAUUUGCUUGCUGCAGGAGGUCCAUAUGUUUUCACUGCCACAGCUACUCAGAAUACUAAUAGUUCCCCUAUAACUGGAAGCGCCAGCGUAUCUAUUACAGUGACUUCAUCACCUCUUGUUAUUCAGCUAUCCAAAGGUAGUGGAGAUGUCAAUAAAAACUUAGACUUUAUUAUAGAUGCAAGCAGUUCUAAAGACCCAGAUACUAAUUCAGCAGAUGGCCUUGCCUAUGCAUGGACCUGCACCAAUCAUUUAGAUGGAACAGCUUGCUCUAUAGCAUCAUACCUUUCAAGCCAAAGCAGCAGCGCCUUGACCAUUCCUAAAGCAAGCUUAGUUGUAAAUCAAUGGGAUUUAACUUGCACAAUUUCUAAAGAUUCAAGAACAGCAAGCUAUACAAUAACUCUCAAUAUCAUAGAUAUUUCAGCAACUACCAAUAUAGCAAUUCCAACAAUUAGUGUAAAAGCUAACUAUCAACAGUUAAAUAGAUUCUCAGCAAGUGUCUCUGGAGGCGAUGGAACCUCAAUCCUAUGGUCUCAAUCAUCUGGAACUAAAAUACAAAUAUCGCCAAAUAACCUUUCUUAUCUGUCUUUGACUGCAAACUCUCUUGCUGAAGGUAUGUCGUAUGUGUUUUCUUUGACUAUUACAUCUGGAACUUCAAGCUUUAGCGUCGACUUAGCUUUGAAUGUUAACUUAAUUCUUCUGAAAAAAUUUGGCAAAAAUUAAAAAAUUAAUUAAAAUAGUUAAAGGGCUGGAAUUUUUUAAAACAAAAAGUUAGGAGCAGCUUGCUCAGACACAGUCCCUUCAGUUAAUCCAAGUUCAGGAACAGCUUUGACAACUUCAUUUUCAAUAUCAAUUUCUAAUUGUUAUGACCGUGAUGGUGAGGAUUACCCAAUUCUGUACACCUUUGAAUAUUCUACGGAUAGUGGAACAACUUACAGGAUUAUUGGAUCGACUACAGAACAAUCUCAAAUCUCCUAUUACAUGCCUGCAGGCACCAUCACUAUUUUAGCACAUGUUUGCGACCAGCUCAAUACUUGCAUGGACUACACGACAAAAUCAUCUAUAUCAGUCAAAGAUUACGUUAGCAGGCGAUUGCAGUCAGAUGCUUUAAGAACUUCUUAUUCAACGCUGACUCUUGAUCCAGACAACAUACCAUCAACCAUUACUUUGUUCUGCAGCAGCGCUUCAAUUGACAGUUCAUUGUUCUCCACAAUGUGGAGUGAUUUGAAAUCCUAUGUCUCCAGUCAAAGUAUGCUUCUAUCAUUAAUAAUUUUUUUUUUUAUUUUUCUAAAUUUUUUAAUUUUUGUUAAAAUUUAGGAAAAAAAAUUUCUUCAUUGCAAGAUAAUUAAUCAAAAUUGCUUACUAUGACAAAUACCCUUUUGGACAGUGUUCUAGGUGCAGUUUAUUCUUUGUCAACCCAAAAAGGAUUAAUGACGCUCAACACCUGGGAAGAGUUCAUUGUGUGGGUAGACAACCUUUUGACGACCUAUACAUCCUUAGUACCAACUGCAGAUAAUUUAGAUUCUAUAGUGGAAAUAGGCGAAAGCUAUUUGAAUUAUGGCAUCAAUACUACCUUCUCUGAGCAAACCUUUGAAAAGUACGUUCUCUAUGUCAAUAACUUCUAUACAACCUGGGCAAUUGCAUCUACCGCAAAUGACUUACUAUAUUAGACCAAAUGAGAGCGAAUUAUUAAUUUUAUUAAAAAUAUUAUAAUUUUUAGCAAGAGAAAAGUUAGUUACCCAGUCAUCAAUUAAUGAUGCUAUAAGCACCGCUAAAACUCAUAUUUAUAAAGACAGAAACUUCCCAGAAGAUAUGCAAAAUACUACUCGUUAUUAUUCUACCGUUGCAAAUCUUACAUAUCCAGGCACUUUGGAUUACUCUAAUACAAAUAUAAUGAAUAUGAGAGCUAAUUUCUAUCAUGGGUUUACUGAUGACUUUUCAGCUAUUGCAAUCUUUAGUCUCGCAAACUCAGGAACUUAUAAGGAUUAUUCACUUAAUCCGGCGACUGAAACUUAUGUCCCAUUCUCAUCAUCAGAUUACCCAUUCCUUAUUGAGCUGCCUUAUAGCAAAAACAUUGGAGAAGGCAUGGUCUGGGGUUGUGUAUAUUAUAAUGAGACAAGCUCUAAUUGGACUGAGUCGAACUGCAAGAUAGUAAGUAUCAACAAUUCCACCUCAACCGUCACAUUUAAAGUAUACCACUUCUCAAUGUACAAACUUACUGAGGUGAAUCCUAGUGUCAACCCACCGCCUUAUGUUCCAAUAACAGAUAGCUCAUGUGACGAUAAUUAUGCUCCUCUCUACAUCCUUGUGGUAGUUCUGUUUAUUGGUUUGCUAUUAGCUCCAAUAAUGGUUAUAAUAGACAGAAUUAGUCCUUCAUCACCAACUCAAGCUCCUAAGGAUGCACCUCCCAACACCCCAGCAUCUCAUUCUCCUAGACCAACUCUAAGAGGGCUCAUGCGUCCUAACAUAAGUGUUCAUGCUUCUCAAGGCGAAGAAUCCAUUGAAGAUGACGAUGUAGACAGCUCAGACGAAGAAGGUGUCCAGUCCCAAGAUAUCGAUCUGACUGAAAAUUCCGUUGUCGAACAAAUCGAAGCACCUAUUGAAAAACCAGAACCUGAAGUCAAAUAUGAGCUGCAAGAAUUAAUUGAAGGACACUUGGUGUUUGGACUUAUCUAUUACAGACCUAUUUUCUCAAGAGUCGCAAGAGUAUUUACCUUAAUCGUUGCUAUCGUCUUUGAGCUAUUAUUAGAAGGCUUAUUGUAUUAUGGCUCUGAAGACAUUAACUCAGGAAGUGAAACUGCGACUCAGACACUGUUUGAUAAUUAUGAAGGAAAAUACUUUGGGUAUAUGAUUUUGGCUUUGGCGAUCACAAUUCCUGUUGAAGUGUUUAUGAUAGUUGCGUUUAGCAUUGAUAGAAAGAAAGCGCCAAUCUGGCCAGCGAUUGGAGUUAUUGUGGGCCUGGCGGUACUGAUUGGGUCAAUUGUAGGGGUUGUUAUGCUAAGCUAUGACUUCUGCCAUGAGUGGAGUGGGUAUUGGGCUGUCAGCUUCUUGUGGGGAAUUUUGAUUGAGAUCUUUAUUAUGGAGACCAUUUACAUGAUUGUUAGAUACUUCCUCAUACAAGCUUAUCCAAGCAAUGAAGCCAUUAAGUCUUAA